CAACAAUUAAAUUGUUCCUUCCUUUUAAUAUUACUCAUUAAUUACUAAUUAUCUUGAAUUGAAACUGUUUAAUUGUGUGAGUUAAUCAACAUAAAGAAAAACUAACAAUCAAAACGAUUGCAAUCCCAACCUUUACAUGACAGAAAACAUAAUAAUAAUCAAAAGAGCCUAAAAGAAACACAAUCAAAUCAACUGACUCAACAAUUAACUAAUUACAAACGAGAACGUGGCAAAUAUUUGUGACUAAAUGAUUGAAUAAUCAAUCUGAUUAAUGAAAUCACCUUAACCAUUGAUGGAAACCAAAGUAACAAUUAAUAUUGAAAAUCACCUUUACACUGGAAUCAGCGAAAUGAUUACAAAACAAAUUACAAUUAAUCAUCACAAUUAAUGAUGAUUUAAGAAUGAAACAGACAUUAACCUCUAGAGAAAAAGACAGAGACAAAGACAGAUAAAAAUGGAGGAGAAACAAUUAUCAUCCUUCUCAUCAUUGGAAUCAUUUUUCUUCAUGGAAAACAAUCAAAAAUCAAACAUCCAAAUUCAAAGAAGCUUAAUCCAAACCCUCAUGAGCCCAUAUCAUCAUCAUCUAAGAUCAUCAUCAUCAUCAUCAAGCCAACAGGUAGAAGUCAAAUUGAUGAUAAAGAAGAUGAUAAAUCUUUUCUCUUUCUUUUUCUCUUACUUUUCUCUCUUCCAGGGAGUGAGAAAUUCCCUGUAAAAGAUUCAAUUUCUUACUUUUUUUCGAACUUUUCUCUCUCUCUCUCUUUCUUUCUUUCUCUCUUUCUUUUAUGUUAAUUUCAAUGAUUCUAUUCAGAUUAAGAUGAUGAUCAUGAUGAUGAAGAUGAUUAACAUGAUGAUGAUAACAAUCAAAUCAAAUUCGUGAGCUAUUGUAACAAUUUAACUCUCAACAUAUCAGUUACUUUAUAUAAAAAGCAAAUCAUUUCAAAUCAAAUCUCUCAAAAGUAAUUUAACCAAAUUAUUGUUAUCAACUGAAUCAAAUUACAUUGUAACAAUUUAACAAAUUUCUGUAUUGGUGAUUAAUUCAUUUCUUAAAUUAUCAUUAUUAUUAUUACCAAAAAGUGUAAUCAAUUAAAUCAAAUCUAAGAUAUUUAUUGAAGUAAAUCAUAUAUUUAUUAAUACGUUUCAUUCAAAUUCAAUUUAAUUGUUUCAUCUUGUGGACUAAAUUAAUUUUAAUCACUUCAGUCAUGAAAUUUACUGGUAAUCCGUAUUUGUGUUUGUUAAUUGUUGUCUUUCUUGUACAAUUAAUUAACGGGCAAUUUUUCACGAAAACAUCUAAAUCAAUUCCUCGAAUGGGUCGAAGGUCAGAAUCUGAUCCAAUUACAAAAUCUUCACUUCUUCAAGCAAUUUAUGGACAAUCAGAGGGAUCGAGUGGACAGAAUUUAAUUAAAGACGAUCAAGAAGUUAAUCAAACCAAUAAUCCAGAGUAUCGAUUAACUGGUGAACAAGAUGAAGAAAUAAUUAAAGAUGAAAAUGAUAAAGAUGAACCCGAAUAUACCAGUAUUGUAAUUAGAAAUUUAAAGAAAGUACUUCGAGCCUACGCAAGGAAACAUCGUAAUGAUGAAUUAACUAUAUGAUCAUUAAUCGUUAAUCAUUAAUCAUUACAAUUAACCACAAACAAAACACUGAGGGAGCAAAAUAAUUAACCUGAUUGUCAACAAAACAAAAUUUAAACCAUCAAAUAUGAGACUAAUGUAUUGAUACCUGAUAAUUUGUAAUCACAAAGUGUUGAUUUAAUCACUUACACUUAAAAAAAACAAUUAAAUAACCUGAACAAUUUACUAACAAACAA